GCUGAAGUUACCAACUCUUCCUGGUUCCCUGUGCUGCCAUCAUGUCUCAGAGCCCCCCUGGCAGCUCUGUGGACGACAAGAGCUUUAUCCUGGAGUACCGAUGCCACCCGGAGCUGCGGGUGCCCCCAUCUCCCACCUCUCCCCCCAGGAAGCAUGGCUCUGUCACGGUGCUAGACAGUGCUUCACUCUCAGCAGUGAGCUCUCCCACCGCGUCUGAGCCCCGCCGCAUCAUCUUGAGCACAGAGAGCCCGGUUGCACUCAAGGUGGGAACCCAGCAGCUGAUCCCCAGAAGCUUGGCUGUCUCCACCAAGACCAAGAAUCCUUCCCGUCACCAGAGCUUUGGGGCAGCGGAGUCAAGCAAGGAGCCCCUGUGCCCCAACCCGAAAAGGAUGUCUGCUCCCAGUGUUUCCCUGGAGGCAGAGGUGGAGGAUGACUAUGGGGGGGCUCUCAAGCGCAACCUGAGGAACAUGUCCUACCGCGCCGCCAUGAAGGGCCUGGGUGCAGAGCCAGAGCCAGCUAAUGCCGUCGCCCCGCUGAAACCCGUGGCAGAGGAGGGGAGCGCCCUGCCAGCCCGUAGCCCGGGCAGAAACAAGAGAACCUUUGGGCGGAAGCGAGCGCAGAAGCAUGGUGGCUCGUUCAAGGACCGUGAGUGCCGCUUCCCCUGUCGUCUUGAAAGCACCAGCUCUCUGACUGCCCCGGUGCUUGAGUGCUUCUGGUAGCCCUGUCCCGCUGGUGUGGGAGCUGUGGCCCUCAGCGCCCUCGCCCCUGCAGGGGACAAACCAGUGUCCGGUUCAGAAAGGGGCUCUUCCUCCUGGGCCCCACCGGGGCCCCGUGCGCGU